GAAAAAACCCUUUUAAUUUAAUAAUAUUAAGCAAUUCAUCACUGCCUCCAUAACCGAUCCGGCAACGAGAGAGAGAGAGAGAGAGAGAGAGAGAGAGGGGAGAGAAGAGGUUCUUCUCCGAUCUGGAACCACACUUGCUCCUCUUCUCUCUGGAAGGAAUCAAGAGAUAUGGCUUCCAUGGCUUCUGAGGGCUUCACAGACAAGAACGCUGUUUUCCGGAAGCUGAAAUCUCGGUCGGAGAACAAGAUAUGCUUCGAUUGCAACGCGAAGAACCCGACGUGGGCGUCGGUGACGUACGGGAUCUUCCUCUGCAUCGAUUGCUCUGCGGUUCAUCGUAGCCUCGGUGUGCACGUCAGCUUCGUCAGGUCAACAAAUUUAGAUUCUUGGACGCCAGAGCAACUAAGGAUGAUGGCUUUUGGUGGCAAUAACCGUGCACACACUUUCUUUAAGCAGCAUGGAUGGACUGACGGUGGAAAAAUUGAAGCAAAGUAUACAUCAAGAGCUGCUGAUUUAUAUAGGCAGGUCCUCUCCAAGGAAGUUGCUAGAAGCUCUGCAGAAGAUGCAAUUUUGCCUUCAUCCCCUGUUUCAGCACCUCCAUCACAAGAUGGAGCCGACAGUGUUCCAGAGCUUAAGCUUAUAGAAACAUCGAAAGGAAAUUUAAUUGAUACACAUGACACUAUUGAGAUCAAUCACUCACCUAAAGCACCUAUUCAUUCAGCAGUUACCAAUCCCGUUAAAAAGCCAAUUGGUGCCAAGAAGAUUGGGACUAAAACUGGUGGGCUAGGUGCUAGAAAGCUUACCAGCAAGCCAAAUGAAAGUCUUUAUGACCAAAAGCCUGAAGAGUCAGUUCCUGUUGUUACUUCAUUGUCCAGCUCUAACCCGCCACUUGUCUCAUCUUCUUCCCGUUUUGAAUAUGUGGAGAGCAUACCUGCUGAGACCUGUUCACUUGGCCCUCAGGUGAUUAGUCAUGUAUCCCCACCAAAGUCUUCAAACUUCUUCGCAGAGUUUGAAAUGGAGAGUGGCUUCCCAAAAAAGAGCAGCUCCACUUCAUCAAAAGUUCAGGUUGAUGAAAGUAAUGAGGCAAGACAGAAAUUUUCAAAUGCAAAGUCAAUUUCAUCAGCACAGUUCUUCGGUGAUCAGGACAAGGCUACCAAUGAGGCUAAAAUCUCCCUGGAGAAUUUUACGAGUUCAAGUUCCAUCUCAAGUGCUGAUCUUUUUGGUCGUGCUAAGGAUGAUUCUCAACUUGAUCUUACCGCUGCUGAUCUGAUAAACCGAAUAUCCUUCCAGGCAUCACAGGACAUAUCCUCUAUCAAGAACAUGGCUGGCGAGACCGGGAAAAAGUUGACCUCCUUCGCUUCGAGCUUGCUUAGUGAUCUUCAAGACAGAAUGCUUUGAGCAAUGGUGUACAAAGUUAAUGAUGAGGGUUCCAGAGACCCAUCAUAAACUGGAAUACAGGGUCACCACCAAAAUCCGUGGAAUAGACUUUUUGAGCCAUUUCUUCUUUAGUACAAUUUCCAAACUUGAAAUGAUCAGUGUAGAACUGUACCUGUAGAUCAUACCUUUUCAAUUAUGUGGGGCUCAUGACAAAAUAUUGUGUAUUAUAACAUGUUACUGAUGUCUUACAAGAAGUCUGAUUGGGUUUGCAGAUCUUCACAUGACUUCGUUUACUUUGCUACGAGUAUAUGAUGUAAACCAUGGACUGAUGAAUGGGCUAAGUGAAUAUGAUGAGAUGAACGGUUUCUUUUUUAAGCCGUUUAUAUUGCAACAUA